GACAUCGCUCCUUGGAGUGGUCGAUUCUAUUCACUGUGGGAUACAGGGUAUGCUAAGAUCCACAUCCCCAUCAUAGCGUCUGUGUCGGAGCACCAGCCCACCACCUGGGUCUCGUUCUUCUUCGACCUCCACAUCCUGGUCUGUACCUUUCCUGCUGGACUCUGGUUCUGCAUCAAGAACAUCAACGACGAGAGAGUCUUCGUGGCCCUGUAUGCCAUCAGUGCUGUCUACUUUGCUGGAGUGAUGGUCCGUCUGAUGCUGACCCUGACCCCUGUAGUGUGUAUGCUGUCAGCUAUAGCCUUCUCCAGCGUGUUUGAACACUACCUAGGGGACGACAUGAAGAGGGAGAGCCCUCCCAUAGAGGACAGUAGUGAUGAGGACGACAAGAGGAACUCUGGAAACCUCUAUGAUAAGGCAGGGAAGGUCCGUAAGCACGUCUCAGAGCAGGAGAAGACAGAGGAAGGUCUGGGGCCCAACAUUAAGAGUAUCGUCACCAUGUUGAUGUUGAUGCUGCUCAUGAUGUUCGCUGUCCACUGCACCUGGGUUACUAGUAACGCCUACUCCAGCCCUAGUGUGGUGCUGGCCUCUUAUAACAACGAUGGGUCGAGGAAUAUUCUAGAUGAUUUCCGCGAGGCCUACUAUUGGCUAAGGCAGAACACAGAGGAGCAGGCCAGAGUGAUGUCGUGGUGGGACUAUGGCUAUCAGAUAGCAGGGAUGGCCAAUCGGACCACGCUAGUGGACAACAACACCUGGAACAACAGUCAUAUAGCACUGGUGGGCAAGGCCAUGUCGUCCAAUGAGAGUGCAGCGUAUGAGAUCAUGAGGUCUUUGGACGUGGACUAUGUGCUUAUUAUCUUCGGUGGCGUGAUUGGCUACUCUGGUGAUGACAUCAACAAGUUCCUGUGGAUGGUGCGGAUCGCAGAGGGAGAGCAUCCCAAAGAGAUCAGGGAGAGUGACUACUUCACCCCCCAGGGGGAGUUUAGGGUGGACAAAGCGGGGUCUCCCAUCCUGCUCAACUGUCUGAUGUAUAAGAUGUCGUACUACCGCUUUGGAGAGAUGCAGUUGGACUUCCGGACGCCGCCGGGUUUCGACCGGACGCGUAACACUGAGAUCGGUAACAAGGACAUCAAGCUGAAACACCUGGAGGAGGCGUUCACCUCAGAACACUGGCUGGUCCGGAUCUACAAGGUCAAGAAGGAGGAGAACAGGGACCCCCUGGUGCACAGCAUCCGCAGCAGCAACAGCAGCAGACAAAAGUACACCUCUAAAAAGACGGCGAAGAGGAAGCGUGGUCAUGUGAAGAACAAACUUGCCCUCAAGAAAGGCAAGAAACUGAACAACAAGAAAUCAGUUUAACCAUAAAAACGACCACGAAGGCGCUACGAGGGAGAGAGAGGG